CGACAUUUUUUAAUUCUCUUCCACGACCUCCUACUCACCUGAGCUCAGCAGGCUCUACGGAACAAAAUGCACAUCGCAUCUUAUCUUUUCCUUCUUCUCUUAUCCACCCCAUUACUUAUCGCGGGUGCCAAUGAGUACUACAAUUUUACCCGGGACCAACGAUCCCUGAUCGGAUAUGUGUGGGAAGGUGGGAUCAUUCCCUACGAAUUCAAACCCGAUUUCCCAUCCCGGGAUAGAGCAAUGUUUGUCCAAACCGCGCGCUUCAUUGAGCAACGGACCUGCAUUCAAUUCCGCGAGAAAUUGGCGAGUGAUAGAUUUUGGUUAAUUUUGGUUCUCGGCGGGUGUUGCGGAACACACGGGGGACGACGGCCCGAAUUAGAGGGAAAAGGUCAAGAAGCCACGUUCAGCAGCGGUCUCCCCAUGCCGUUCUACCUACACGAACUUGGACACACCUUUGGCUUCCCGCACGAGCAGGACCGACCCGACUGGCCUGAGUAUGCCUGGUGGGACGACAAUAAGCAGGAUACGUGUAAAGGUGGAGAAGGGGGAAAGGCAAAAGUUGAACAAGCCGCGCUCGAUAUCCCCUUCGAUUACGUCAGCCUAAUGGCCGACUGGACAGAAUGUUGGUGGCCGAAACCCCCCACUCCAAAAAAUAUUCCGCUCGGUGGUGGUGGAAGUGAUGAUAGGACCUACAGUGUCUUGGAUAUAGAGCGCAUCAACGCGGUGCACGGUUGCGGGAAAUGUUAUGGAUAUCGCUUCCGGAAAAUUACACAACUUUCCUAUAACCAACGCCCUGUCCAGGCCGGAUAUGAACUUGACAAAAAAAUAUUUUACAUUUGCCGUGUCUACCAUGAGGGUCACCUCCUGAUUGGAAAAUCCCGCCCGGACGACGACAAAUGUUGGGUUGGUUGGGACAAUGGGGAGACCGAGUAUAAGGAAAGGUUCUCGGUUUUGACGAACCCGGGAAAUGAGGCGAAUUUUAGGUGGAUCCGGUCAACCGGAAGUAUUCCAAGUGGGGCGAUUAAAGGAGGGAGAACCAAGGACAGGGAAACAAUUUAUGUUGGAAGGUGUAAGAUAAAUGUGGACAAUAGGGAUACACUUAUUCCCGGCUUCUAUCUGGAAAGUAAACCUGGCGAAUUACGAGUUCCGUUUGGUGGUGGGGUACGGAGAUGUAAUGAUUUUGAGGCCUUGGUGUGCCAAUAAGUCAAGAAUUUUUGGCGAUAUGUGUAAAAUAGAUUGGAACAAUCUAAAAAUUUCUUAUUCGAUUAUAUCGAUAAAGAGACAAUUGAAAGAUGUAUUUUUGUGCAACCAAUUUUUUUAUUCAAUCAAUAACACAGCAUAAUACACUUAAACAUGGUGAAAACAAUUAAUUGUCAUUGACGAUAAUUGUCAAUUACAGCAUUUAAUCCAAUUGAAUAUUUGACAAUAAAAUAAAUCAUUCAUAAUUUGCGA